UUGCACAUGGACCCAAGAGCAAGAGAGGAAGCAGGUCAGCAUCAUCCAACAUCAGGACCCCUUGAUGAUGAUACAUCCUGCACCUCCUGCAAAGAGGUCGAGGCAAAGAACCUUCAGCUUAUAUCAGACUUGGGGCAACUAAGGAAGCAAUUGCUUUACCAGCACAGAUGGGCAAAAAGGGCAAAAAAGGCAAUCAAACGACUGGAGGAGGACCUCCAAAAGGGAUCCACAUGCACGGUUCCUGGGGUGGACGUAGAUGCCCCGGUGGUCUCUGGAUCUACCUCUCCUGAUGAGGAGCCACAGAGCAUCACCAGACCUAAAUCAAAGCAGGAAAGCCGGGACAUCCAAUGUUUGGUGAAGGCGUACCCCAAAUUCCCACUAAACAUCUUGGAAUACAUCGCGGGAUAUUGGCAGCAUCUCAAAGGCUCCCGUGGUCUGAGGAAAAGGAUCGAAAAUCAAAGAUCCAAAGUGGGUAGAAUCAUGGCUUUCCUUUCGUUUCUAACCGAGGGCCAGACAAUCUUCCAAAAUUGGACUUUCCUUUCCAAUAUGUCCAAGAUAUACCAAGCAUCUGCAGAAUGGUGGAAAAGCGGAGAACACAGUGAAGAUCUACCUGGUGAAUUUGUCCCAGUUCAUGGUCUACUUCAGGGACACUCCUCCAUGUACGUCCAGGGUUCCAAGAAGAGAAGUGUUUGCCGUGAUUCGUGCUAUCUCAGAGUGUAUUGCCAGCCUGGCUCCAUGUGUAGUCAUGCGUCAGAUAAGUGUGAAGAAAAAGAAGUUGAGCAGAACAAUCUCCAAACAUCAGCUUCACCUCUGUAAAGUCCAGGCCAGGAGACGCAUCCCUAAACUUCUUGACGGACUGUCUGAGGACCCCAACCCGGAGGCGCGAAGAAUGUUUUUUGGCUAUCUAAGUGUUUACCUAGCAAGCCUGUAUGGACACCGCACCGGUGUUCUAAAGAAUAUGACUGUGUCAGAGGUCGAUGAGGCCCAGCAGGAAGCCACCGUCGGGCAAGCGGGCUUUGUGAUCAAUGUGAAGGAACACAAAACCAACCGUGCGUUUGGCCCCGCACAGCUCUACUUAACUGUAGAGGAAUUCUCAUGGGUGGAGCAGUGGAUGAUCAUCAGACAGAAACUAAACCCACCCACAGACCUUCUUCUCUUCACCGAAAACUUCACAAAAAUCGAGAAACUCAUCGUGCCGAUGCAAGCCGCCUGGCUUGACAUGGGAUUUCCUGGGCGCCCUACAUUCACAGAUUUCCGGACAUCAAUAGCCACAUACGCAAGGAAUACUUUGUCACCAAGUGACCGGAUCAACAUUUCAAAGACCAUGUGUCAUGACACACGGACAGCAGACAAAUUCUACGCGCUCCACCGCACCGCGUCAGAGCUGGCUGAGAUCCGUCAGAAUUUCGAGGCAGCCGUCAAGCCACCACAUACUACGGUACAUGACACCGCCGAACCUUCCCUCCUCUCCAUGUCAGAAUCAUCAGGUGAUGGUCUUGAGGAGGAAGCGGACUGCGGGCCUUCACACAGCCCCCCUGCCGGUCCUUCGCCGUCCUCACCAACAUCCAGUCGGGCCACUGGAUCAACAAGCCCUGAUCAAGCUUCUGGGAGCUGCUACAGUCCAGGCAGCGCCUCUUCUCAAAGCUGUUCUUCUGGGAGCGACUUCACGCCUGAUAGCGCCUCUUCUCAAAGCUGUUCUUCUGGGAGCGACUUCACGCCUGAUAGCGACCCUUCUCAGAGCGAUUCUUCGUAUGCCCCAAAUAGAGGGACACAACCCAGAAGGAAAAGACCAUUGUUAACCUACACGUUGAGAAGUAGACGUCAAGUGCGCGGUCAAUGUGCACGUGUGCUCAGAUCCAAACGAAAUACAGUAAAAAAAUAAAAAAAAUUUAAAUAAAUCAGUGGUGAUGUGACUGUAUUUGCUUUCUUUAAGAUAUUUCUCCAUUCAUUAUUCCUGGCAAAUAAAAUAAAAACUAAAA